AUGUCGGAGUCAGCCCUUGUGACCAUGGCCCCAUUGGAGGGCUUCCAGUCCAUGAUGUUGCCCUUCCUCGUCGGCGGCGCCAUCAUCGCUUUCAUCCUCGCCUUCGCUAUUGGCGCCAACGAUACGGCUAACUCAUUUGGUACGAGUGUCGGUAGCAAGGUGGUAACCCUCUACACCGCGUACGUGUUGGCCAGUAUCUUCGAAACGCUGGGUGCCGUACUGCUAGGUCACAGCGUCACGGACACAAUGCGGAAAGGAGUCAUCGAUCCCGAGAUUUACAGCGGAGCCGAGAAGGAGCUCAUGCUCGGACAGAUCUCCGUACUCACUGGUUGUGGUGCCUGGAUGUUACUCGCGACCUUCUUCAAGCUGCCCGUCUCCACGACACAUUCAAUUGUCGGUGCCACCAUCGGGUUCUCUCUACUGCUCCGUGGAAAGGCCGGGAUCCGCGUCGAACAGAUCCUGCGAAUUUUUGCCUCCUGGGUGGUCUCACCCUUAUUCGCUGGCUUGACGGCUGUCUUCUUCUAUGUGAUAAUCGAUCAUCUAAUCCUGCGCCGUAAGCGCCCUCUACAAGCUGGAUUCCAUGCGUUGCCAUGGAUCUACGGGGUUUGCAUGACUGUCAAUAUUUUUGCUGUUAUUUAUGAGGGCAAAGCAUUCGGUCUCGAGCACGUAUCCGCUUUGCAUUGCCUGCUGGUUUCGAUUGCGGCCAGUGCGGUGAUCUCACUGCUUCUAACGUUUUUCUACGUGCCGCGUCUGCGUAAGCAACUGCUCGGCACCCCACCACCGCAAGGACUGCUCGCUUACGAAAAUGGUGUCUCGGAAAGUGGCCUACAAAUUAAUGGCAAUCCAACAGCCGUCAAGACAGAGCCUGUUACAUCCGGCAAUAUUCAUGGCCAAAACUCUGUGGCUCCGGCUUCAUCGGUGGAGGCGUUCUUCCGCAGCAACAAGCCCGAGGAUCCAUCGGUUUCGCAUCUCUUCUCGCUGCUCCAGAUCACCACUGCCUGCUUUGGCGGUUUUGCCCAUGGUGGAAAUGAUGUCAGCAACGCCAUCGCACCACUCGUUUCACUGCACGCCAUUUAUAUCGAGGGCUCGUCUACCCAGAUCGGCACGACACCAUGGUACUGGCUGUUGUAUGGCGCUGGUGGAAUGUGCCUCGGCCUGUGGCUGCUCGGACAUCGUGUCAUCUACACCGUUGGCGAGAACCUCACCAAGAUCACCCCGGCCAGUGGAUUCGCCAUCGAAUUCGGUGCCGCCGUCACGGUGUUGAUUGCUUCGAAAUUCGGCAUUCCUAUCUCUUCCACCCAAUGCAAGGUCGGUGCCGUUGUGGCUGUCGGACUGGUUCAAGCGAGCCAUCCCGUUCAUUGGCACACCUUCAGGAAUAUCACACUGUCCUGGCUCGUCACCCUGCCCGUUGCAGGUCUGCUCUCCGCUGGUGUGAUGGCUAUCUUCCAAGCCUUCGCCCUU